AUGCACAUCUUGUGUCCUCCAGGAUCUCCGUACCCCUUGGAACCCCCUGUUGUGUGGAUCUCCUCGGGUGGAGCCAUGGGGUCUGAUACAAUAGAAAACCAAAUGCCACCCUUUGGUGAAGGCGUUGGAGCCAUCCUAUGUGGCGCAUUCGCCGCACAUAAUGCACUGCGCCUCUCACGCCCUCUGCAGCAAUUGUCCGAGUACAUCUCAUCUCAGGCAGCUUCCAACGCGGACUCUAAUGUUUCCAAGUUCUCUUGUGCCCCCCAGCUUCUCAGUGUACUGUCUUCACCUGUUUGCGAGACUUCAAUCUCCGACGUGGCAGGACUGCUCCUGGCGUCCUGGCAGAUGGAGGCCCAGCUUGAUGAGCUUAUUUCCAAGGAUCCUGAAGGUCCCCGUGGAAUGUUUGCAAGAUGGGUGGCAAUCUCUACAGGGGCAGUAAAAACAGCUCCUGCAUCGCCGGCACCGAGUGGGCCACCAAGAAGAGGGGCCAAUGCAGCAGCAGAAAAGAACUCUGUAGAAGAGAAAACAGCAGAAAAGAACGCGGCAGAACAACAGAAAAUGCAGCAGUAUGAUGCAGGCUCAGAAAGCCGAACCUCUCGUGCUCCUGCCGGGGGUCCCACUGAAAGGGGGAAAAGAGAAGAUGGAAAUGUUGGGGCUCAUUCAGCGGGCCCCUUAAUGAGUUCUUCGAGGCAUUCCACUCUAAGCCGAACCGGAGGAAGACUCACAGGAGGAGAGGCGGAGGUCUGCAAGACCAUCAUUGACGGAGUGAAGACAGCAGCGUCUGCUGAGGCCCUGGGGCUUCCCGUGCGACAACACUUUGACUCCGUCAUGGAAUUUAUGGCAAACCCACGUAAAAGGGUACUUGUUGUUCAGGGAGAGACAGGCUCCGGAAAAACAACUCAGCUGCCUCGGAUGCUGCUGGAAGCAGCAGCGCAUCUUGCACUGCAACAGCAGAGCAAUGAGAGCAACAUCAUGGGCAACGACAAAGAACAUUUUCCUGCUUACAUUGUCUGCACACAGCCUCGCCGUCUUGCUGCGGUGUCUGUAGCUAGCCGUGUGGCCACUGAAAUGGGAGCUCCUGUUGGCGGCCUUGUUGGGUACCAAGUGCGUCUCGAGUCCCGUGUAACAAAACAUACACGGCUGCUUUUCUGCACUCAUGGAGUCCUUCUACGACAGCUCCUGAGCAGCGACGCUCUUGAUAAAUUCUCCGUGGUGGUGGUGGACGAGGUGCAUGAGCGGUGCACGGAGGUGGAUAUGCUUCUGCUGGUCCUCGCUAAGGCAUUGGCAUCAAACAAACACAAUCUAAAGGUGGUUGUGAUGAGCGCCUCCCUAGCUGUGGAGCACUUCGCUUCAUACUUUCUCCCUGAGCGACUCACGACGCUCCAAGGCUCUUGUAGCACUGGCGGCAUCACCCAGCCGCAGGAGCACUGCCAGAGGCAGAACCGGCGGCCACGGGCUGAGAUGGACAGAAGUGAUAGCAGCGUGGACGUCCUCAAGGUUCCAGGAAAGACCUUUCCAGUUUCUGUUCACUACCUUGACGAAGUCUUACGAAUGUGUGAUCCUUCUUCGCUCCCUGCUGCGUAUCAGAGCGCAUCAGCAAUAGCAGCAGCAGUGGAAGCUCGGUACAAAGGAGGGAGACCCACCGCGGCAAAGACUGAGUGGCGUGAGCAGCAGCAAGACACUUUCUCCCCAACGCCAACUAUGGCUGAAAAUGCAGCAGCCACAGCGGCAGGAACCCCUGUGGGGUCGCUUCCUCAACUGCCUCAGUUGGUUGCAGCAGUUGUUCGUCACGUACACCUGACGGGGACUCCGUGUGCCAAAUCAUCUACAGAAGGCACCAGGGGUUCGCGAAGAGGUAAACACGGGCAGCAACACCAGCAACAAGCGAGAGGAACAGCUAUAAUUGUUUUCUGCAGCGGUGUCGGCGAGGUUUCUGCUGUAUGCCGGGCAGUUGAGGAGUUACAAAUGGACUUAUGGGUGUUACCAUGUCAUGCGUCGCUGCAUCCGAAACAACAGCAGAAGGUGUUUGCUGCUCCCCCAUCUGGCUGGAGGAAAGUGGUGGUCGCAACAAAUAUUGCCGAAACCUCCAUCACUAUAAGUGAUGUAGGAUACGUGAUUGACUGCGGAACACACAAAGUCCUGCGAUAUGACCCGUCUAAGAGAAGCAGCAGACUUCAAGAGGAGCUCAUCACCAAAGCCAAUGCACAGCAGAGAAGAGGACGAGCCGGGAGAGUUUCAGAGGGCUGCUGCCUCCGGCUAUACCAGAAAGACGAGUUUGCAAACAUGGCGACGGUGGAAACCCCGGAGUUGCACCGCCAGGCUCUGGACAACGUUUGUCUACAGCUGAAGGCAAUCUUCCCUAAAGAGCCUUUGCACAGCUUGUUCAGUCAGUGCCUCGACCCUCCAGCGCAGGAGCACAUUGAUGCCUCAAUCAGACAUCUGGAACACUUGGGUGCGCUCGAGUGUGUCGGGCAUGAUCUUGGAGAGUCUUUGACCCCUUUGGGUCUCUACCUCUCGCGCUUCCCCAUGAGCAUAUCGUUUGCGAAAAUGUUAAUCUUUGCUGCGCCUUUGGGUUGUCUCGAAGAAACUCUUGCGCUCUGUUCUCUUAUGGCUGCCGACUCUGAGUUGUAUCUUCCCGGAGCGGAAGCAGCAGCUGAGAGACAAAAGUACUUCGCACGCAGUCAGUCGGACUUCGUGAGCAGCCUACGGGUGUUUGCUGGCUGGGAGUCAGCCGUCUCUUCUGGCCGAUCGGCCGAGGACUCCUUUUGUCUCCGUUUCGGGGUAAAUGCGAGCACUUGCAGAGCAGCAGAGGCCUUAAGAAAAAGGUUCAGGAGAGUUGCCAGAGAAGCAGGACUCAUGGUGAUGAUGCCACCAGAGACAGACAGCCAAGCACAGCCCAACGCCCGAUCCGGCAAAAGGGGUUCUCCUGCAACAACAGCGAGCCCCAGUCGCAGCGGCAGCAGCAGCAAUGCAGGUGAUUGCGCAAGCGACAGCGGCGAGGAGGACGUGACGUUGCGGGUGGAGGAAGUUUCUCCUGUUGCAUCUCGAGGGCCUGUAAGCGUCGACUCUAAGAACAAGACCAAAGACAGCGUGAGGAGCAUCUACUGGUACAUAAAGGCUUGCGUCGUAGCGGGUCUAUACCCCCAAGUUGCCACCAUCCAAGCCCCACGGACGUACACAACAGUGGGCUCAGGUACACUUGAGAAGGCACCUGAAGCGUGGCAAAUGAAGUUUUUCACUCGCGUUGAUGCGGAUACGAACUCUCCGCAAGAAGACAAAAAAUCCCCAAGGCAGAAACUCCAACGGGUAUUCAUACACCCGACUUCGGUGAACUUUAAGUCCUGCGACUUCGACACCCAGUGGGUGGCGUUUAGUGAGAAGUUGCAAACCACCAAAGUAUUUAUCAAGGACGUAUCUACUGUUUCCGUCUUCGCGCUUUUGCUUCUUUCCUGCUGCGAGCUGGUCCCCGCUCAAGGUGAAGGCGCUCUGUGGCUGGACGGGUGGCUGCAGCUGCGCUGCCCAGGUUUGAUAUGCAGCUACGUGAAGCAUCUAAAGGGCCUUUUUCACGCUUUUCUCAAUGAGUUUUACUCCCUGUCAGCCUUUGGACUGACACGGAAAAGCCCCCAGGUGGCAAAUCAGCAAGUGCAGCAAGAGGCCCUGGACUAUGACGCGAUUGCUAUUGAACAAGAAGCAGCAGCGCCAAAUAAAGCCAAAUUUGCAUUCUUUGGGGCUCGUGCUGCUCAGCAAAGGAGACUGGACCUCACAGCCCUUGUCAAGAGACUCGUGGAGCUCGAGGGACACCUCAUCUAA